AACCAGCCAUGGGGGACGGUGAGAUGGCUGCAUUUGGGGAGGCCGCCCAAUUCCUCCGAAAAUCGGAAAAGGAGAGGAUUGAGGCCCAGAACCGACCGUUCGACGCCAAAACCUGCUACUUUGUGGUAGACCCAAAGCAGAUGUAUGUGAAGGGUGUCAUUCAGAGCCGAGAGGGCGGAAAAGUCACCGUCAAGAAAGAAGACAACACCACUGUAACAGUGAAGGACGAUGAGGUUUUCCCCAUGAACCCACCCAAGUAUGAUAAGAUUGAAGACAUGGCCAUGAUGACCCACCUGAACGAACCGUCCGUCCUGUAUAACCUCAAAGAGCGUUACGCAGCCUGGAUGAUCUACACCUAUUCCGGGUUGUUCUGCGCCACCGUGAACCCCUACAAGUGGCUUCCCGUCUACAACCCGGAGGUGGUGAACGCUUACCGGGGCAAGAAGCGCCAGGAGGCUCCACCACACAUCUUCUCCAUCUCUGAUAACGCCUAUCAGGCCAUGUUAACCGAUCGUGAGAAUCAGUCCGUCCUGAUUACCGGAGAAUCCGGGGCCGGAAAGACUGUGAACACGAAACGUGUCAUCCAGUACUUUGCGACAAUCGCAGCUACCGGAGACAAGAAGCAGAAAGAAGCCGAGAAGAGCAAGGGCACCCUGGAGGAUCAAAUCAUCCAGGCCAACCCUCUGCUGGAGGCCUUCGGUAACGCCAAGACCGUGAGGAACGACAACUCGUCCCGCUUCGGUAAAUUCAUCAGGAUCCACUUUGGAACCACCGGCAAACUGUCCUCUGCUGAUAUCGAAACAUAUCUUCUGGAAAAAUCUAGAGUAACAUUCCAGUUAUCAGCAGAGAGGAGCUACCACAUCUUCUAUCAGAUCAUGUCUAACAAGAAGCCGGAGCUGAUCGAACAGCUGCUGAUUACAACCAACCCUUACGACUUCCCAUUCAUCAGCCAAGGUGAACUCACUGUGGCGAGCAUUGAUGACCAAGAGGAGCUGAUAGCCACUGAUGAAGCCAUUGACAUCCUGGGGUUCAAUUCAGAUGAAAAAAUUGGCAUCUACAAGCUGACGGGCGCCGUCAUGCACUACGGCAACAUGAAGUUCAAGCAGAAGCAAAGAGAGGAGCAGGCUGAGCCCGACGGCACAGAAGUGGCUGACAAGAUAUCCUACCUGAUGGGUCUGAACUCGGCCGACCUGCUCAAGGCCUUGUGCUACCCCAGAGUCAAAGUCGGGAAUGAAUUUGUGACCAAAGGUCAAACCGUGCAACAGGUAAACAACUCGGUUGGUGCCCUGGCCAAGUCUGUCUACGAGAAGAUGUUCUUGUGGAUGGUCAUCCGUAUCAACCAGCAGCUGGACACCAAGCAACCAAGACAACACUUCAUCGGUGUCUUGGAUAUUGCCGGCUUUGAGAUCUUCGACUUCAACAGCCUGGAACAGCUGUGCAUCAACUUCACCAACGAGAAGCUGCAGCAGUUCUUCAACCACCACAUGUUCGUCUUGGAACAAGAGGAAUAUAAGAAGGAAGGGAUCGAGUGGGAGUUCAUCGACUUCGGCAUGGACUUGGCCGCCUGCAUCGAGCUCAUUGAGAAGCCAAUGGGCAUCUUCUCCAUCCUUGAAGAGGAGUGCAUGUUCCCCAAGGCAACAGACACUUCAUUCACCAACAAACUCUAUGACCAACAUCUCGGCAAAUCCAACAACUUCCAGAAGCCAAAACCAGGCAAAGGCAAGGCAGAGGCUCACUUCUCCCUCGUCCACUACGCCGGGACGGUGGAUUACAACAUCUCUGGGUGGCUCGACAAGAAUAAGGACCCGCUGAAUGAAACCGUCAUUGGGCUCUACCAGAAGUCUUCUGUGAAGCUUCUGUCAUUCCUUUAUUCUGCAUAUUCUGCAACAGACGCAGAUUCUGGUGGCAAGAAGGGUGGCAAGAAGAAGGGUUCCUCUUUCCAGACCGUGUCUGCUCUUUUCAGGGAGAAUCUGAACAAACUGAUGAGCAACCUGAGGAGCACUCACCCUCACUUUGUACGUUGUCUGAUUCCCAAUGAGACGAAGACCCCCGGUAUCAUGGAUCACUACCUGGUCAUGCAUCAGCUCAGGUGUAACGGGGUGCUGGAGGGCAUCAGGAUUUGCAGGAAAGGAUUCCCCAGCAGGAUCCUCUACGGUGACUUCAAACAGCGUUACAAGAUCCUUAAUGCCAGCGCUAUCCCCGAUGGUCAGUUCAUUGAUAGCAAGAAGGCUUCAGAGAAACUUCUGGGUUCUAUUGAUGUUGACCAUACUCAGUACAAAUUCGGUCACACUAAGGUCUUCUUCAAAGCCGGUCUUUUGGGUACCCUUGAGGAGAUGCGAGAUGAGAAGUUAGCUCAGCUGAUCACUCGCACUCAGGCUAUGUGCCGUGGGUUCCUGAUGAGAGUGGAGUUCAAAAAGAUGAUGGAGAGGAGGGAGUCCGUCUUCUGCAUUCAGUACAACGUCCGCGCCUUCAUGAACGUCAAGCACUGGCCAUGGAUGAAGCUCUACUUCAAGAUCAAGCCUCUCCUGAAGAGCGCCGAGUCCGAGAAGGAGAUGCAAAACAUGAAGGAAGAGUUUGAGAAGACAAAAGAGCUUCUGGCAAAGUCAGAAGCUAAAAGGAAGGAGCUUGAGGAGAAAAUGGUCUCCGUUCUUCAAGAGAAGAAUGACCUACAGCUUCAAGUUACAUCUGAAUCAGAAAAUUUGUCAGAUGCUGAAGAAAGAUGCGAAGGCCUCAUCAAAGCCAAGAUUCAGCUUGAAGCAAAAGUCAAAGAGAUCAAUGAGAGGCUUGAAGAAGAAGAGGAAUCCAACGCCGAGCUGACGGCUAAGAAGAGGAAACUGGAGGACGAAUGUUCUGAACUGAAGAAAGACAUCGACGACCUUGAGUUGACUUUGGCCAAGGUUGAGAAGGAGAAACACGCCACAGAGAACAAAGUGAAAAAUCUAACAGAAGAAAUGGCUGUUUUGGACGAGAGCAUCGCCAAACUGACCAAGGAGAAGAAAGCCCUUCAGGAAGCCCACCAGCAGACCUUGGAUGACCUGCAAGCUGAAGAAGACAAAGUCAACACUCUCACCAAAGCCAAAACCAAGCUGGAGCAACAAGUGGAUGAUCUGGAGGGUUCUCUCGAGCAAGAGAAGAAGCUUCGCAUGGAUUUAGAGAGAGCCAAGAGGAAGCUGGAGGGUGAUCUGAAGCUGGCCCAGGAGUCUACUAUGGACUUGGAAAACGACAAACAGCAACUGGAUGAAAAAGUCAAAAAGAAGGAAUUUGAAGUCAACCAACUGCAAAGCAAGAUUGAAGAUGAACAAGCUGCCACUGCUCAGCUGCACAAGAAAAUCAAAGAGCUUCAGGCCCGUAUCGAGGAACUGGAAGAGGAAAUCGAGGCGGAACGGGCAGCGAGAGCCAAGGCCGAGAAACAGCGCUCAGACCUCUCCAGGGAGCUCGAGGAGAUCAGCGAGCGUCUGGAGGAAGCCGGUGGAGCAACCUCUGCUCAGAUCGAGAUGAACAAGAAGCGCGAGGCCGAGUUCCAGAAAAUGCGCCGUGAUCUGGAAGAGGCCACCCUACAACACGAAGCCACAGCGGCCGCUCUCCGAAAGAAGCAUGCCGACAGCUCGGCGGAACUCGGAGAACAGAUCGAUAACCUCCAGCGUGUGAAGCAGAAGCUGGAAAAGGAGAAGAGCGAGCUGAAGAUGGAGAUCGACGACCUGGCCAGCAACAUGGAGUCUGUUUCCAAAGCCAGAUCAAAUUUUGAGAAAAUGUGCAGAGCACUAGAGGACCAAUACAAUGAAGUGAAGACUAAGGAGGAUGAGCACAUUCGAGUCAUUAACGACUUAAAUGCUCAGAAAGCGCGUCUUCAAACAGAAAACGGUGAAUACUCCCGGCAGCUGGAGGAAAAGGAAUCUUUAAUUUCUCAGCUUUCCAGAGGAAAACAGGCGUUCACUCAACAAACAGAGGAGCUGAAACGGCUCCUGGAAGAGGAAGUAAAGGCCAAGAACGCCCUCGCUCAUGGUCUCCAAUCUGCCCGCCACGACUGCGAUCUGCUCAGGGAGCAAUAUGAGGAGGAGCAGGAAGCCAAGGCCGAGCUCCAGAGAGCCCUGUCCAAGGCCAAUGGAGAAGUCGCCCAAUGGAGGACGAAAUACGAGACGGACGCUAUUCAGCGCACAGAGGAACUGGAGGAAGCCAAGAAGAAACUUGCCCAGCGCCUCCAGGACGCCGAAGAACAAAUUGAGGCCGUCAACUCCAAGUGUGCGUCUCUGGAGAAGACAAAACAGAGGCUCCAAGGAGAGGUGGAAGAUCUGAUGGUGGACGUAGAGCGCUCUAACUCUGCCUGCGCGGCCCUCGAUAAGAAACAGAGGAACUUUGACAAGGUCCUGGCUGAAUGGAAGCAGAAGUACGAGGAAGCUCAGGCGGAGCUGGAGGCCUCUCUGAAGGAGGCUCGGGCUCUGGGCACCGAGGUCUUCAAGAUGAAGAACUCCUAUGAAGAAGCCUUGGAUCAUCUGGAGACUAUCAAGAGAGAAAAUAAGAACCUGCAACAUGAGAUUUCUGACCUGACCGAACAAAUUUCUGAGACAGGCAAAGCCAUUCAUGAAAUUGAGAAGUCUAAGAAGCAGGUGGAACAGGAGAAAUCUGAUCUCCAGUCAGCCCUGGAAGAGGCAGAGGGCUCUCUGGAACACGAAGAGGCCAAGAUCCUUCGUAUCCAACUUGAGUUAAAUCAAAUCAAGUCUGAAGUGGACAGAAAAAUUGCAGAGAAAGAUGAAGAGAUUGAACAGCUGAAGAGGAACAGUCAGAGGGCUCUGGAGUCCAUGCAGAGUUCUCUGGAUGCCGAGAUUAGGAGCAGGAAUGAUGCCCUCAGGCUAAAGAAGAAGAUGGAGGGAGAUCUUAACGAAAUGGAGAUCCAGCUCAGCCAUGCCAACCGUCAGGCCGCAGAAGCCCAGAAGCAGCUCAGAAACGUGCAAGGACAACUUAAGGAUGCCCAACUGCACCUGGACGAUUCUCAAAGGGCAAACGAUGACCUGAAGGAACAGCUGGCCAUCGUUGAAAGACGCAACAAUCUCAUGACUGCAGAAAUCGAGGAGAUUAGGUCUGCCCUGGAACAGACGGAGCGUUCUCGGAAGGUGGCAGAACACGAGCUUCUGGACGCCUCUGAACGCGUCCAACUUCUCCACUCCCAGAAUACCAGCCUAAUAAACACCAAAAAGAAGAUUGAGUCUGAUAUAGCUCAACUUCAAAAUGAGGUAGAAGAGGCUGUCCAGGAGGCAAGGAACGCAGAUGAAAAAGCCAAGAAGGCAAUUACAGAUGCUGCCAUGAUGGCCGAGGAGCUGAAGAAGGAGCAGGACACCAGCGCUCACCUCGAGAGGAUGAAGAAGAACCUGGAUCAGACCGUGAAGGAUCUCCAGCACCGGCUGGAUGAGGCCGAGCAGCUGGCGCUGAAAGGAGGCAAGAAACAGCUCCAGAAACUGGAGGCCAGGGUGCGUGAAUUGGAAAAUGAGCUUGAAGCUGAACAGAAGAGAGGCUCUGAAGCCAUCAAGGGCGUGAGAAAGUAUGAGAGAAGAGUCAAAGAACUGACCUACCAGUCUGAAGAAGACAAGAAGAACGUGUUUAGGUUGCAAGACUUAGUGGACAAAUUGCAACUGAAGGUGAAGGCUUACAAGAGGCAGGCAGAGGAGUCGGAGGAACAAGCUAAUGUCCACAUGUCCAGAUUCAGAAAGACUCAACAUGAGCUGGAAGAGGCAGAGGAACGCGCGGAUAUCGCAGAAUCGCAGGUCAACAAGCUGAGAGCCAAGAGCCGGGACAUCGGCAAGAAAGUAGAAGAGUGAAGCGGAUCGAGGUGGAGAGAUUUACAAAGGAUGUUCAUAAAAUAUGUCCUGCUUUGUAAAUAGGGAACACGCCAUGUGGCAUCCUAGGCUCUAGACGCAAAUAAAUUUCUAGCAGACGGUG